AACCUCUUCGUACCAGAGAUUCUGUCAUAAAGCCAAAGAAUGUGAAUCACGACUUUCUCUCGGCUCCAAAAUGAAUUCUGAUGAUAAUGAAAACGAGAUUAUCAUAGAUUUAGAAGGAUUGUUUGAUGUCUUGUAUGCCAUUUGUGACAAAUUCGUGUGUAUUUCCUACAGUUCAACAGUUGCGCAAGUCUUCAACCAGAUACACUUCUGGAACCUGUUUUAGAGAAUAUCCUAAGCAGAGAAACAAAAUAGGAAGAGUUUGCAACUUGGUAUUAUGGGCCAUGGUCAAGACUUCUAGUUUGGAGCUACCGUUGGGCAGUUUGGCGCCAGAUUUCCGAUUAUUGGAGCCAAAGUCAAACUCAUAUAUAUCGCUUCUCGAGCUGAAUAUGCAUCACGGUCAGGGAGCCCUUGUAGUUUUCAUGUGCAAUCACUGUCCUUUCGUACGACACAUUUCGGAGCAUUUGGUUCAACUUGGCACUUAUCUGAAAAGUCAAAAGAUAGCCAUGGUUGGCAUCAGCCCUAACGACCCAGAUCAGUUUCCAGAAGACGGUGUGGAGUGUAUAAAGGCCAGGGCAGAAACGUUGUAUACCACAUUUCCUUAUGUUUUCGAUGAGACACAGCAAGUAGCAAAGGCUUAUGGAGCAGUUUGUACACCAGAAUUUUUUCUUUUCGAUAGGAGUCUGCGACUUUACUACCACGGUCAGUUAGAUGACAGUAGACCUAAUAGUACAGUUCCAGUAACUGGUAAGGAUCUCCGUAACGCGAUUGAAUUGAUGAUACAAGAAAAGGCACCUCCUUUUCCACAAACACCUAGUGUUGGCUGCAGUAUUAAGUGGAAACGAGAAGUUUGAUAACACAAUCUUUCCAAUGAGAUAAAUUUUUCGCUUUUAAUGUUUGGUCCUUUCCUUGAAAUGUUUACAAAACAUGUAAGUGUUGGACUAAGUU